AACACGGAAGAAGAGAUUAACCACGUUUCAGCUGAAUACAACAGUUUCAUCUUGAAAGUGGGGCAUUAUUGCUCUUUAUUUGCUGCCCAUAUACAGUCCAAAAAUCGUGACUCGACACUGUUGCUAUCAGCAGGCUGCAUAUGACAGUUUUAGGGUGUAGCUUAGCUUGCUGUGCCUUCACACCCACAGUCCUCGAUGUUUUUGCAAUUUAGUCAACGACUGGCUGCAUUUUUGACAGCGGUAUUCAUAUUCCACGCUGGGUUCUACUGUUUUAUUCUUCCCCAUUUAUUUUGUUGAUCCAGUAUUUUAAAGUCACAAGAUGCAUGUGCUGCUGCUCAAAGAGCCAAGAGAUGGAGACUCUGGACCUGAUCCUUACAUCAAGGAGCUGGCGUCACAUGGUCAUAAAGCCACCCUAAUUCCCGUGCUGUCUUUUAAGUUUGUCUCAUUAAACACCUUGUCAGAUAAGCUUUUCCAACCAGAAAAACACGGAGGCCUUAUAUUUACCAGUCCAAGAGCAGUGGAGGCUGUGAAGAUGUGCUUGGAAGCAGAGGAAAGAAGGGAAGAGUGGAAAAGCUCUGUGAAAGAUAAAUGGAACGCCAAGGCCAUAUAUGUGGUUGGGAAGGCAACUGCUGCAUUAGUAAGAAAUCUGGGUCUGAACCCUUUGGGUGAAGACACAGGGACAGCAGAGGUCUUAUCACGUGUUAUCAUUGAACGAGAGGACACAAAUAUUCCACCACUUUUUUUCCCCUGUGGCUCAAUCAAAAGGGAAGUCUUGCCCACGGCUUUAAGGGAAAAUGGAGUGCCUCUGGAGACACUGACUGUCUAUCAGACAGCUGAACAUCCAGAUCUGGAGAAAAAUCUAAAGAACUAUUUCACAGAGCAGGGCACUCCGGCUAGCGUAGCUUUCUUCAGCCCAUCAGGAGUGAAGUUUUGCCUAGAAGUCGUGCGGAGGCUGUCAGGUGAACACCUGACUCAAAUAAAGUUUGCAGCAAUAGGGCCUACUACACAAGACGCAAUGACAGCAGAAGGCCUGAGUGUCAGCUGUGCUGCAGAAAAGCCAACAGCCGAACACCUGGCAGCAGCGAUAGCAAAAGCUCUACAGUAACAGCCACCACCACUCUAAAUCCAUCCACUUUAUCUCCCCUCUAUUCUGUUUUAUUUAAAUGUAUCAUCAUUUGUCUGCUUUGUUUUACCUGCUUAUCUUACCAGUUAUGUAUGUAUGUAUAUUUAGACUUUUUUUGCACUGAGAAAAAGUGGCAUCUUGUGCCAUAGAAGCCACGAAAAUGUGAGUGAAUAUAAUUAUAAUUCUAUUUAUGUUGAGCUUGCUCAAGAAAGUCAGUGUAUAUAUAUUUGAAAAUAAAUUUUGGUCAAGUG